AUCCCCAGCCCUGCGUGUCCUUAGGAAUGCCAGGGGUGCCCCAGCCCGAGGGAUGGUGGCUGCCCUGGGGGUGUCUGAGCUUGUGGGAUGGGGGCAGCUCUGGAAAAUGGUCCCGGUGCCCCCAGCUGGCUCCCAGUGCCCCACAUGUGCUGGGAGCGCUGCACAAAGGCGGCUCUGAGGCGCUCCGGAGCCGGGCCUGACGCCGGCACAGCCCCAACGGGGCCACCGGCUGCGGGCAGCUGGAGCUGCAUGGGGACGGGGCCGGCCGGCAGCAGGCAGCCCCGUGCCCCCCGACCCACCCCGUGCCCCCCGUGCCCCCUGUGCCACCCCAGCCCCUCCGCCUGCAGCAGGUGCCCGGCCCCGUGACCUCACGGCAUUGGGGUGCCCCUUUGGCACGGCGGAGAUGGGGCACCCCAACAGCACCGCCACCGCUCCCCUGCCCCCCAAAAUGCUGGGUGGGCUCCGUGGGCUCGGUGGGCUCGGUGGGCUACGUGCCCUGCCCAGGGUGAGGGUGGCGUGGAGCUGGGUGCUGCCCCGUCCCGUCCUGUCCCCGCUGCCCCCACGGUGGCGGGGCCAGUCUCGCGCCUGGCUUCGGGGCGGCGGCGGCCCGUGCCAGCGCUGCUGCCCCACGCAGCUCCCUAUUGUCUGGCCUCAUUAGCCGCUGUCUGCUCCGGGCUUUGAACAUGAGCCGGGCUCGGGGCGGCAGGAAGGAGCCUCUUCUCCCCAGGGAUGGGGUCGAGGCAAAACCGCACGCCCCAGCCCCUUCCCACGGCCUCCCUCUGCCUCCCGGGCACCCUGGCACCGCCAGCCUCGUCCCCGUGCCAUAAACUUGGGGCCCAGACCCGAGAGGAGCCGGAGAGGCUCAGAGGCCCCCCAGUUCCCCCAAAAAAAGCCCCCCUGCCCUGCGUGGGGCACCGAGGUGCCGUGGCCUCCCCGAAGCCCUGCGCCGAACGCGGCUUGCCCCGUGACUAAUCCCCCCCGGCCCUGCACACACGCGGCGGGGCGGGGGGGGGGGUGGGGGGGGCUGUCGUAAUGGGUGGAAAUAUCUCAUAAUUCACGUUGGACACGGGGAUUACAGCCGUUCCGGCAAUAUUUGCACAACUGGCAGGCGGCUCGCAGGGCCGGGCCGCCCCAGACGAAGGCAAGGGGUGGUGGUGGUGGUGAUGGGAUGGGGAGGGGGGACCGGGGGGCUGGGGGUGGAAGGGGUUUUGGGGGCGGCAGGUAACGGGGGGGAUGCAGCCGGGGGACAUGAUGCCGGGGUGGGGAGCGGCUGCUUUUCGUCUCCAGACACAUGGAGUUUAUUAUGGACUGCGUGUUCCCGGCACGGCGGGGACGGCUGGGGCUCUCUGCCCCUUCUCGCCUCCCUCCCGGCUGCGGCAGCCGGCACGGCUCGGGGGCCAGGAUGCGGGCAGCAUGCCCAGGACACCCCAAAACACCCCAAAACACCCCAAAAUACCCACCCACGUGGGGCCGUGCCGUGCCCAUGGCACCAUGCCCGCAGCCAGCACCCCGCAGCUCCCUGCCCGCAGGGGCACCCAAAGGUGCCGGCGUCCCCUGUGCGCCCACCCCACAAAUUCCCCCUGCCCCAAAGCGACCCCUGCGGGGGGCGUGUGGGGCACGGAGUGUGGGGGGGGGCUGUUUGGCAUGGGGAUUAGCACGCUCCCAGAGCGAUGGUGGUCUCCCCCCCCCCCCCACCCGCCCACCGGACAUGCAGGCAAAUAUUUGUGCCCAGACUUCGCAGGACGGCGAGAAGGAAUUUCAUUCUUGUGCCCACCUGCGGCUCGGCCGCCUGGCAUUAACCCCUUCGCCGCCCCGCGGGAUGGAUGCAGGGGGGGGCGAGGUGCCCUCCUGGUGCCCCCCACCCCAGCCCAGCCAGCACGGGGGGCAGCGGGGCAAGGAGCGGGAUGGGGCACGGGGGCAGCGGUGGCCACCAACGGGGCGAGCGUGGCCGUGUUGGUGAUGGCUCAGGGCAUGCCCACGGCAGUGCUGAUGCUCGUGGGGGGCACUGCCCCGGUUUGUCCCGGCCCCCCCUUGCUGGGCACCCCCUGUGCGGUGCCAGGCAGGGCCCGUGGGCACGGGGAAAUGGGGGGAAUCUGUGCCAGCACCCCUCCCGUGCUCUGUUAUCCCAUCCCGGGGCCCUUUGCAGCACCGCCAGCGCCCACGAGCGUGGGAGCGGAGCGGAGGGCACGGGGCUGUUUGCCCACGGAUGUUUAUUGGCAAUUUGCAAAUGUAAAACGGGGCCUGAGGGGGCCGAGCUGCCUGGGCUGGGGGGGCACGGGGCCUGCCCGCAUGCAGAGUGCUGCCUGCCUCGUCCCCCCGUGCCCCCAGCCCUGUCCCCGCUGCGUCCCCGGCCCUUUCCCCCCAGUCCCCGGGGCCAGCUGGGCCCUGAGCAAACGGGGGCUGUUUGCUCAGGCCGGGAUUAGCCGCUCUCUUUGUUCCUUUGACUUUCUCCUCCCUUAAUGCUGGGCUCUUUUAUGGGGGCUUCAAAGGGGGCUCGGACCCCCCUCCCUGCCCAGGAAGCCCAGGUUUGCUUCCCACGUGCCCGGCAUCCUGCGGGUGCCCAGCGGGCACACCUGGGUGGCCUGGUGGUGGUGGGGGGGGGGGGCAGCAGCUGUGCCACCCACCUGGGACCCCCACCCCGGCCACCUGGCACCUCCGGCCGCCCCUGGCACCUUGGUGGAGUGGGUGCGAACGGUUGCCCCCUGCAGCGGGAUUGCCGGCACUUUGCACCCCGUAAGGAGAGGUGGGAAACUCAGCGCUGGGAUCCGGCCAGCUGCACGGCCCCGAGCCCCCCCGCCGGCACCAGGGGGUCCCCCCCCGUGCCCCCCAGGCAGGGGCAGCAAGCAGCAGCAGUGCCCCUUCCAGCAGCAAGGAACUGGCUGAAAAGAAGCAUUUUGGGGGCGAAGGGACAGUUUUAGGCACCUCGGGGUGCUCCGGUGUCCGCACCCCAAACCAGGAGGUUUGCACCCAGAAGCAGCCACCCAUCUCCCAUUAUCCCAUCUCCCCGAUGGGUUCAUUUAACUAAUUGUGAAGGCAAGCACUGACCCCGGGGCACUGCAGCUCCCCAGCACACCAUCACCAAUGGCUUUGCACCCGGAGAGGGACGGGGACUGGGGUGCAACGGGGAACAGGGUGCAGCAGGGACUGGGGUACAUCAGGGACAGGUACAGGACCAGCAGCAGGACCGUGGCCAGCACUGGCCCAGGGGCCGAGCGUGCCAGCAGGGCGCGUUUGCAGCCCGUCACGUCCGCAGAGACGGGGCAUGGCCGUGCGGGGGAAGCCCAGCGGUGCUUGACCCCGCUGCUCGCCGCUCCGCUCUCCGGCCGCCGUGCCUGAGCCGUGCAGCCAGCGCCGUCCCUGGAGCCGUGGGGCUGCCGGAGCCCAUCGGGACCCCCCCGCUCUGCCCAAAAGGUACCAGGGCCACCUUCGUCCCCAGGACGGGCCGAGCUGAGGCUCCCAACCCCGCCAUCCCAGGCACGGUGUGCUCAGGCCCAGGGCAGGGGGCAGGUGACGGAGCCCCGAGGGCGCCCGGGGACGCCCUUCCCGGUCCCAGAGCCAAGAGAGGAAACGGCCGGAGGCAGGAAGCCGUCCACGGGGCCCCCGGAGCGCUUUUACUCGAAGGUCAGCAGCGACACAACAGGAAAUCACUCUGCCUCGGCACGGCGGCCGGGCCGGAGAGCCGUGCCGUGCCGUGCCGCACGAGGGGUGCUCCCAGGCGCCCGGCCCCUCCGUCCCGGCCGCUCGCGGGGAGCCCGCACCACAGCUGCCCUCCAUGGAAGGGGGACGGGAGCUGGGGAGCAGCCGCUGGCCCCAGGGUGGAAGAUGCAGGGCCGAAGCCCCCAGGCGAGCAUGGAGCUGAACAGGCUGCUCCUCCUCACGUCCUUCCUCCUGCACGUCAAAGAGGGCCGUGCCAGCCCGGCGCGGCUGGUGUGCGACGACAGGCUCAUCUACAAGUACAUCGAGGAGGCCAAGGACAUGGAGAAGAAAGUGAACCAGUGCCAAGCUCCCUCGGUGCUCAGCUGCCCCGUGACUCUGCCCCUGGUGGAUGUCAAAAUGACGCAGUGGAAAACCAAAUCGAACCAGAGCAAGCGGCGCGAGAUCCUCUGCAACCUGAUGCUGCUGCUGGGUGCUGUGAGGGGGGCGCAGAGCCAGGAGAGCCAGGAGUGCUGGGCCGGGCAGCUCAAUCGGCUCUACCGCCACGCCGAGGCCUUCCUCAUGCUGCUGAAGACCUGGGAGCCCCCCCAGGAAGAGCCGUGGGAGCCGGGCUGCUCCCCAGGCUCCGAGGAGCGGAACACGGCCGUCAUCUUCCUCGCCUACCAGCGGCUGCUGCAGGGCAAGCUGCGCUUCUUCUUCUACGACCUGGCCAAGGAUUUGUGCAACCAAGGCCAAGGGGGCGGCAGGGACCCCCCCCGCGGGGCCUGAACUGAUGGGGGAGGGCAGAAAAACCCCGCAGGACGCCGAGCUGUGCUCCGGGUGCCCAGGAACGUGCCCCCCCAGGGGGUCAAACCCAGCCCUGGUUGCACGCACCUGGCUCCCACCGGACUGUGAACGCCUCGCGAUUAAAGCCCUUAUUUUUCUAAA